AUGAGAGCAAGUGUAUUCUUAGUUGUGGAGUUGUUUAUAGUAGUCUUUGCACUGUCCAUUCUCUACACGGUCCUGCCGGCACACAAAGAGCCAUUUUUCAGACCAGCAGAUGUGAUGGAGAGUAAGGUGAAUAACGAGCUUUUUCGAGCACCCUACAACGAAGUUUAUCCACCACCGCGAUCUUUCGAAGAGCCUGACUUUGGGCUGCUUACGAGCUCACCGCCGAGCCACUACCCUUGUAGCUCAGACAAUGCACCGCGGCUAUUCAUCGGCAUCUUCAGUACGCCAGACCCAUCAGCUACAGCGCGCCGUGCGCUAAUCCGCUCGCUCCUUUCGCAGACUUUCGAAGCAGUCGGUAAUGCUGUGCUUGAGUACAAGUUCGUAGUGGGCACGAGUGAGCAUGAUAGUCAAAACAACGCACUCGCACAGGAGCAUUCGGUGCAUAAAGACAUCCUUACCUUACCCACAAGCGAGAACAUGAACAGCGGCAAAUCGUACGCCUACUUCCGAGCGCUACUCGAGAUGCACAAGCGCGACCCAGCCUUCACGCCGCAGUUUGUGGCGAAAUGUGACGAUGAUACCCUGCUAGUUGUGCCUGCAGUCCUCAACUCACUGAGUGGGCUACAGUGCGAUCAGAAUGUCUACUGGGGGACUUCGGCAGGACGCAGCAAUCACUUCCCGGAGUACUUUCGCGGUCUCGCUUAUAUACUCUCUUGGCCUCUCGUAGGAUGGAUCGGGGGGAGCGAUGUUGGAACGCUGCACCAGCACGGCAUCGAAGAUGCUAGGACAGGCCAGUGGAUGCAGAUGCUACCAUAUCUCUCACCCAGUGAAAGCGUCAGGCGUGUAGAUAAUAAGUGGAACAUGGGAGAUUGGAACCAGCUGAGCAUCACGCAGGAUACGCUGGCUUUGCAUUGGCUUAAAAUGGACGACUGGUAUCGCACUCAGGCGGCUCUCAUCGACGAGGCGUGGGACCUCACCAACGGUGCGUGGGUCUGGCGGGGGUUGCCGUCUCAAGAGGAGGAGAACCGGCGCAAGGAGAUGCACAGAGUGGCUGUCGUGGAGAAGGCAAUGGUGCGAGAGGCGUCCGAGAAGAGCGGGGUCUUGUUCGAUGAUGCUGAAUAUAACCGGUUACAUCCGGAAGGGUUCACUGUGUUUUAG